AACUGGCAACCCGGGGGGAAAAACGAGGUCAAAUCAUGACGUCAGUGGUCUGAUUUUCAAAUCGGAAAGUCUGAGUUUGAGAAAGGUGCGCUGCGCAGUGUCCCGACUUCGAAUUUGGAUUACCGUUCAAAAAGAUUUUCCCAGCUAGAGCUAAUUUUUCUCGAGUUUCCAGUUGACCUGAAAGCACUGAAGUCGGAGAUUUCCGAGUUCAGCUGAUUUGAAUGCCGCAAACGUCCAGACUUCGGUCAAUGACGCACAGAGAGGAGCGCACAUUGGAACUGCAGGACUCUUGAGUAACCAUGCAGACAAUUGAAGUUCUGAAACAGGCCCUCUCCAGCCUGGAUCCUACCCAGCAGCAACAGCUCUUGGUGGCCGGGUCUGCGGUGGCCGUGGGCGGGCUGCUGACCUGUUAUUACUGGGUGUAUCAAGGGACGAAGGCCAAGCGCAUUCCAAUAGGGGAUGGGUGGUGGGGGGCAGGAGAGAAGCCUCAGUCAGAGGAUGAGAAGGUUUUCCCCUUUCAGGUGCAAACUUCUGAUGAGGAGAUACAGGACUUAUAUGACCGUAUUGACAGGACCCGGUACACUGAACCCCUGGAGGACGCCGGUUUCCAGUACGGCUUCAACUCUACCUACCUGAAGAAGGUGGUCUCCCACUGGAGGCAUCAAUUUAACUGGAAGAAACAGAUUACAAUACUCAACAAGUACCCUCAAUUCAAAACCAAUAUCGAGGGACUGGACGUACACUUCAUCCAUGUGCGUCCACCUCACCGUGAGGGCCAGAGGGUGUUGCCUCUAAUGCUGGUGCAUGGCUGUGUGUGAAGGGUCUCCACCUCAACAUGUUAACUAGCAAACUGAGGGGGUUCGGUGUCCUGUUUUCCAUCCUGAUUGGCCGCUACGUGCCCUGGCUGGUUGGGUUCACCCGGGAGGAUGUCAGAAGGCUGUUUGGUUCAGUAGGUUUCAUGGAAAGGAACAUCUAUGAGAUCAUCAGAGAGACUGGCUACCUGCACAUCCAGGGCACCAAGCCAGACUCCGCUG